AUGAAAGUACCCUUCCCUGCAAACACCCAAAACCCCAAGCCACUCACUUCCACCAUCACAGCCACCACCACUACCGCCGCCGCCGCCGCCACUUACGAGCCCAAAUCCGUCCUUGACCUCCGCCGAAGCCCAAGCCCGGUCUCCGAAAAGCCCGCCCCAGAAAUAGUACCAGACCCCUUAGCGGAUCAUGCGCUGAUCAACCAGCAAAUUGACGAUUGGGAUUCUCUGAUGAGAGAAUUGGGCCUGCACGACGAUUCUGCCCCUCUCACCAAACCCGUCACUCACUCGGACGCUCAACUCGACCUGACUCAGUACUCAACUCACACCGACUUGCCACCACCACCUGUCGUCAACCCCCUUGACUCGGCUCAGUUCGUCCCGGCCGUUGAUCCCCUCGGCCUUCUCCCAGACAUCUCCACGUACACCGUGGGUGCCAUAAACUCAUUGGAGGAGGACUAUGUGGGCUAUGACUACGUGGACGAGUUGAUCCGGCUCGCCGAGUGCUUCGACACCAACUCGGUCCAGCUCGGGCACGUGAUACUGGCGCGGCUCAACCAACGCCUCAUCUCCCCCACAGGGAAGCCUCUUCAGAGAGCCGCCUUCUACUUCAAGGAGGCCCUCCAGUCCUUGGUCACCGGGUCAACCCGGGCUGCUCAACCGGCCAACUCGUCAGAAAUCGUUCAGACAAUCAAGGCCCAGAAAACCUUCUCCGCCGUGUCCCCGAUUCCGCUCUUCUCCGGAUUCACGGCCAACCAGGCGGUGCUCGAGGCGCUGGACGGCUCGAACAGCAUCCACGUCAUCGAUUUCGAGAUCGGGCUCGGGGCCCACUGGGCAUCCUUCAUGAAGGAAGUGGCCGAAAGACCCGGUUCGGGUCGGGCCACACGGGUGAGAGUGUCGGCGGUCGUCCCUGACGAGUACGUGAACGAGCCCCGGCUGAUUCGUGACAACCUGACACAGUUUGCGCGCGAGCUGAGCAUCAGAUUUGAGAUCGAGUUCGUCUCAAUCGGAACAUUCGAGUACCUGUCCCUGAAGGCGGUGAACAAGGUGGCAGACGGGGAGAGGGUGGCCGUUCUGCUUUCCCCUGCAGUUUUCCGGCGAGUGGGGACUCGGUUUUUGGGGGAUCUGCGUGGGAUAGCGGGGCACGUGGUGGUGCACGUGGGGGUGGAGGGGAACGUGGAGUCUGGGACAGGGUCGCACAGGCAGGCGGUGAUAGACGGGCUGGAGUUGUACUCGACCGUCCUGGAGUCUCUCGAGGCAACAAACCUCGACGGGGAGUGGAUGAGGCGGAUAGAGAGGUGCGUGGUGUACCCGAGGAUAUUGGAGGCGGCAGGGCGGAGGGGGACGUGGUGGAGGGAGGCGCUGCUGGCGGUGGGGCUCAGGCAGGUGGGGCCCAGCCAGUUUGCGGAGUUUCAGGCGGAGUGCCUGCUGAGGAGGGCGCAGGUGAGGGGGUUCCAUGUGGCCAGGCGGCAGGCCGAGAUGCUGCUGUGCUGGCACGACAGACCCAUCCUUGCCACCUCGUCAUGGAGGUAUUAG